AUGAGAAGUCUUCUAGUCCUUCUUCUGGCAGCCGCGGUCUUCGCCGAGGAGACCAAGGUCGAGGAGAAACAAGUGGAGGCCAAGAAGCACGACAAGAGAGGUAUCCAUGAAUUUGGCGGUCAUGAAUUCGGUGGAGGUGAUUUUGGAGACCACGAUUUUGGAGGGCACAGUUUUGGAGGUGAUUUUGGCGGCCACAGUCAUCACCAUCAUGAGGAGGUGAAGACCAUCACGAUCCAGAAGGAAGUAAAGGUGCCGUACCCAGUCCACGUGGAGAAGAAGGUUCCGUACCCAGUCAAGGUUCACGUCGAGAGGCCGGUCCCCGUCCACGUGCCGAAGCCUUACCCAGUGCACGUGACGAAGACAGUGCCUUACCCGGUCAAGGAGUACAUUCCUGCACCUUAUCCGGUAGAGAAGAAGAUACCAUACCCUGUGAAGGUCCAUGUGCCCAGGCCAGUUCCCUACCACGUAUCCAAGCCUUACCCUGUCUACGUCGAGAAAAAGGUUCCCUACCCUGUAGAGAAGCACAUCCCUUACCCAGUCAAGGUGCAUGUCCCUCGACCUGUCCCUUAUCACGUACCUGUGGUGAAGCACGUGCCUUACCCUGUGGAGAAGAAAGUCCCCUACCCUGUGAAGGUACCAGUUGAGAAGCCAGUGCCAUAUCCCGUGGAGAAGCCUUACCCAGUUGUAGUGGAGAAGAAGGUUCCAUACCCAGUGGAGAAGGAGGUGCCAUACCCUGUGAAGGUGCCUGUUCACAUUCCAGUUCCUGUCCAUGAAGACAAACAUGAGAGCUACAGUCACUACGGUGGAGAAGAAGAAAGCCACAGCGGACUCGGGGACUUCAGCAGCUCUGGUCAUGAGUACUGAGUAAAAGAGUUUGUAAGUAACAAAGUACAAUAUUUAUAAAAUAAAGAUUAUUUUACCCAUU